AUGUCCUCUAGGGUAGAGCGAGGACAAGGCUAUGAACAAGGCCGAGGCAACGAAAGCAACUUCAGCAACGACAGAUUGUCACAAAACGAAGCUGUUGCUUCACUGCGCAUGUUUGUCUGGUGCUGCUUCUUUAGGAUCGUCAACGUGCUCUACAUUCAAUCACAAUUUGAUCCUGACGAGUACUGGCAAAAUUUGGAACCAGCUUACUGCGGAGCGUUUGGAAACUGUGAUGGGCUUACCUGGGAAUGGAAACGAAGGUCAAACAUAACCAGUAUUGAUUCUGUGAGCGACUUCAUACAGCAGGGAUCGAAAGGGCCCAUUCGGUCCUACGUAUCGAUACUUCCAACUUUUCUACUCUAUCAUGUAGCCAAAAAAUUGCGCAUUGACUCAACUUGGGUGAUUUCCAGAGGGCCAGUGUUUCUCAACGCAAUCCUCGUUGCUGCACCAACGGAUUGGUCAGUAUGGUACAUGGCAAAGUUUAUGACAAAACCUGAAGGGAAGGAACAGAUGGACAAUUCACGGCUGUGGUAUCUCUACGCGUCGUUGACGUCUUGGUUCAAUGCGUACGCGCUUAUUCGCACCUACAGCAACUCGCUGGAGACAGCUAUAUUUUCCAUGAGCCUCUGCUUGGUAAGCCCUGCACUCUUGGGAAACAAAAAUAACGUUCCCUUGAAAUGGUCCGCCCUUUCAUUCUUUCUUGGUGGCAUCUGCUGCUCUGUGCGAUUCACCUGUCUUGUGUGUUACAUUCCGAUGGGUAUUAUUCUGGCCAUGCAACAAAAGACACGGUCACUAUUCGGUUUCAUAAUAAAAGCUUGCGCAUUCCCUGGCUUGUUGGGUGUCAUCGUUACACUUAUUGUGGACCGCUCUUUUUAUGGAUUUUGGGCAAUUCCUUUCCUGGGAAGCCUUGAUUUCAAUGUUGUACAGGGAAACGGGGAUCUUUAUGGUACACACCCAAUCUAUUGGUAUCUCAUUGCUGGAAUACCUGCUAUGGUUGGUAUGCUACUACCGAUUCUGAUUCUGGAUCUUUUCUCUACAUGGAACAAAGGAAAACGGAAUCUUUGGAUCAUUUGCACCUGCUCAAUUAUUUUGCACUCCUGCUCAGCACACAAAGAGUUUCGCUUUCUACUGCCACUUCUGCCUUCCUUCUGCUUGAUAUCUGGUGAUCGAAUUUUUGGCUUGGCCAAUACAAAGAGAUGGGGCAGAACCAUUCUUGAAAUUGGUGCGCUAGCGAACUAUGUUGCAAUUGUCUUCCUCGGACUCUUUCACCAACGAGGGGUUGUGGCAGUCAACCAAAAGAUUGUUGAUCUAGUUGCCAGCAAUCCAAAGCCUACCUAUAUCAUCCAUUACUUGAUGGGAUGUCAUUCAACACCUCUGGUUAGUCAUCUACAUACACCACCUGUGAAGUACCAAACAUGGCAUUUGGACUGUUCACCAAAAUGCCGUUCGAAUCCUGAUGAAGAUUGCGAGAGCGAAAGGUUCUCUAGUAACCCGGCACAAUUCAUGGAGGAAUCCUAUUUCCAAUGCACUGACAUGAGAAAGAAGGUCGGUGCAUGCAAGCAACGACGGGCGUCUCCUGACUUCGUAGUGAUCCGAUCGUCUGACUUACUACCCGAAACAGAGCAGUACUUGGAUACGAUGGGAAUGGUUCCUGUGGACUCGUUCCCAAAUGAACUCUCUAGCGUAACUUUUGGUGGAGGUGGAGGCACACCUCUAACUUCCUUCCAACUGUUUGGAGGUGCCAUUACUCUACAAACAGACAAUAUUAUUUUGUUUUCCGAAACAGCCAUCGCGAUAAUCAAAGAUAAUCAACAGUAA